AUGCAAAUCUUUGUAAAAACUCUUACCGGAAAAACUAUUACACUUGAAGUCGAACCAAGUGAUACGAUUGAAAAUGUGAAGGCAAAAAUCCAAGACAAAGAAGGAAUUCCACCUGAUCAACAACGUCUUAUCUUUGCUGGUAAACAACUCGAAGAUGGUCGAACACUCAGCGAUUACAACAUUCAAAAAGAAAGUACACUUCAUCUCGUUCUUCGAUUACGUGGUGGUAUGCAAAUUUUUGUUAAAACACUUACUGGCAAGACAAUAACACUCGAAGUCGAACCAAGUGACACAAUCGAAAAUGUUAAAGCUAAGAUUCAAGACAAGGAAGGUAUUCCACCUGAUCAACAACGACUUAUCUUCGCCGGUAAACAACUUGAAGAUGGUCGCACAUUGAGCGAUUACAACAUCCAGAAAGAAAGUACACUUCACCUCGUUCUUCGAUUACGUGGUGGUAUGCAAAUAUUCGUCAAAACUCUCACCGGCAAAACAAUAACACUGGAAGUCGAGCCAAGUGACACAAUCGAAAAUGUGAAAGCUAAAAUCCAAGAUAAAGAAGGAAUUCCACCUGAUCAACAACGUCUUAUCUUCGCCGGUAAACAACUCGAAGAUGGUCGCACAUUGAGUGAUUACAACAUCCAAAAAGAAAGUACACUUCACCUCGUUCUUCGAUU